AUGUUGAAGACCUUGAGAAGCUCGGGUGUCGCCAGUGCCCUGCGAAGCAGCGCUCGGAUGUACGCGUCGUACAACAAGCCUGUUGGUGGUGCGUCUAAUUUUGCUGUGCCUGACUACAAGCAGGACGUUUCGGCCAACCGCAACUCGGACGUUAAGCGUAACUACACCUAUUUCAUGGUCGGCACUUUUGGCGUGCUUGGUGCCGUCGCUGCCCGCUCGACUGUCCAGGACUUCCUGUCUAGUAUGGCUGCUUCCAAGGAUGUUCUUGCCUUGGCCAAGGUCGAGGUUGAUCUGGCUACUAUUCCUGAGGGCAAGAACUUGGUUAUCAAAUGGCGAGGCAAGCCAGUGUUUGUCCGUCACCGCACACAGCACGAGAUCGACGAGGCCAACUCUGUUGACAUCUCCAUCCUCCGUGAUCCCGAGACCGAUGCCCAGCGUGUCCAGAACCCGGAGUUUUUGGUCAUGGUUGGCAUCUGCACCCAUCUGGGUUGUGUGCCUAUCGGUGACGCCGGUGAGUACAACGGCUGGUUCUGCCCCUGCCACGGUUCGCACUACGAUAUCUCCGGUCGUAUUCGCAAGGGCCCUGCUCCUCUUAAUCUCGAGAUUCCUGAAUACACCAUGGACGGCGACAACCUCACUAUUGGUUAA